UGACUGCAGCAAAAAACAUAACAUACAAAAACAACAAAAGAGACACGUAAGUGAAUAGAGCGUCUACGUUAUUUGCAUCACGAAAGCAGCAAAAUAUUGACUCACAAAAAAAAUUAUUUACCAACAGUUCUUGAAUUGUAUUAGUUUGUUGUGAAGUGUGAAUAUUACAAAAUUUGCAUGGAUAUAUAAGAAUAAUUGAAUGAAAAGUUUCAAUUCAUAUAAUUACAAAGCGUGAAGUGCAACAACUGUUAAAACAAGCAAAUACACGCUGGUGCACUUGAACUUUCACUAACAAUUGUUUACGAUUUUAUAAGCGAACAGUGAGGGGCGGACGGAACUAUUAUUUCGUGAAUGCUAUUAGGCGUUUACAAAUAAGUAUAUCGUACAAUUUGGAAAAUAAUUUAAUAAGCGAGUGAAAGGUCAGCUGUAAAGGUGAGCGCUUAGAGGCAGACCAAUGGCUACAAACCGAUUAAUACGUGAUGGAGCAUGGUAUUUAACGCUGACGCUCUGUUUUAUAUUGUGGGUGCGUCAUAGUAGUGGAUAUUUUACCGCCUACGAUGAUUUGGAUGCAAGUAAAAAUUGCUUCUGUGAGUUGAAAGGCUCAAUAAACGAUUGCAGUUGCACCGUGGACACUGUGGACCAUUUUAAUAACAUCAAAAUUUAUCCACGUCUCAAAUCGCUGUUGGUGAAAAACUUCUUUCGGUUUUAUAAAGUAAAUUUGAAAAAUACGUGUCCUUUCUGGCCCGAUGACAGCAAAUGUGCAAUACGUUUCUGUCAAGUGCAAAAUUGUGAUGAACAGCAUAUACCAAAAGGUAUAAUUGAGAAAAGCGAGAACUCAAAAUCGCCGGCGUUUAAGUACACUAAAGAGGCGCAAUCGUCGGAAUGCUCUGAAGCCGAGGACUACAAUAGUGUUUUGAGUUAUUUGGAUACGAGUCUCAGCGAUCAGGCGCACCGUGAAUUCGAGCGUUGGGCUAAACACGAUGAAGCUGAGGAAGAUUUUUGUAUUUUGGAGGAUCACAAUAAUGGUUCGCAGUAUGUAGAUUUGCUCAUAAACCCCGAACGUUAUACGGGCUACAGAGGUGAAUCGGCGCAUCGCAUUUGGCGUAGCAUUUAUAUGGAGAACUGUUUUGGACGUAAAAAUGAAUCAAAAUCACUUUCGGAUUUCAUACCACAUCUCGAUUUAAACGAAGUGUGCUUGGAGCAACGCGCCUUUUAUCGCAUAAUUUCGGGUCUACAUACUAGCAUCAAUAUACACUUGUCGGCCAAAUAUUUACUAUCGGAAACAAAAGAUUUUCUGGACCCCCAGGGUAUUUGGGGACCAAAUGUGGAGGAGUUUAAACGACGAUUUAGUCCGGAGACAACAAAUAGUGAGGGACCACACUGGUUGCGAAAUCUCUAUUUUAUUUAUUUAGUGGAAUUGCGUGCAUUAGCCAAAGCGGCGCCGUAUUUGCGACUGGAGGAGUACUACACGGGUAUUGCAGAGGAAGAUGAGGAAGUCAAAUUGGCUAUAAAUGAUUUGCUAUCUGUUAUAGAAUCAUUUUCCUCGCAUUUCAAUGAGAACGUGCUGUUUUCGAAUGGCGUUACAUCACUCAAGUUCAAAAAUGAGUACAAAGAAAAAUUUAGAAAUAUUUCCAGAAUAAUGGAUUGUGUGGGUUGUGAUAAAUGCAGAUUAUGGGGUAAAUUGCAGACUCAAGGCCUUGGUACAGCAUUGAAAAUUCUCUACUCCGAAAAAUUGAAUGUGGCGACAGAGAGUGGAUUGUGGGAACGUCCGCACAUAGAGGAGAAUCCGCUAUUCAAACUUUCACGUACAGAAAUUGUAUCGCUAUUCAACGCGUUCGGACGACUUUCAACAAGCAUUUUUGAGAUGGAGAACUUCCGUAAAGUGCUACGGUAAUAAACACAUGUUCGAAACACUUGCCGCUACCGUCAUAUUUGUUAGAUGAUGCAACAAACAGUAAAAACAAAUAUCAAUGUUGUACGACUAGUAUUUAUUUAGCAUAUAGUAGAUACCACAGAGGCGCUAACAAACAUUUUUCAACACUAACGUCGACCAAUGGUUUCCCUUUUUACCUCAACAAAAACAAAAAAUGAAAUUAUAUCGGCGUUGUAGAUAAUUCUUGGAGUAGUUAAAACUAGGUUUUUAAUUUUAAGCAAAUUUAUUUAUUGAAAUUGUUAUUAUUUAAAAGAAAAUCGUUACUUAAAUACUUCCCAUCAAACAGUGCAAUCAAAUGUUGGAGAUUGAAUUGAUCUAUAAGCAUGCAUUAUAGUUUUACAAAAAUAAUAAAAAAAAAAACAAUUAAAAUCAACAACAAUCAUUAAAUGUGGAAAAUAGCUUUAUGUAUUAUCGAAAGAUUUUAAAAUAUUUAUUAUGUAUGUUUGUGUGUGUAUAGUGUAAUGCUCAAAAAUAAUGUAUGUGAUUUGUACAUAUGACAGGGAUGGGUAUACGUAUUAAAGCGCAUUAAACAAAAAUAAAAAAAAUGAUGUUUCAAUAAAAUAAAUACAUAUUUGCUGUUUGUAAAUUGGAAAUAAAUGUAUGUGAGAUGAAAUUAUAAUGCGAUAAAUGGCAGCUGUGGUAUGAAUUAAAGGAAAGGAAAUGCUGGAUUGAAAUUAUUAUUUUUGUUAAAUGUAUAUAUUUUUAAUUUUUUUUAAUUUUAUAAAAUUUUUUUUUUAAUUUUAUAAAAUAUUUUUUUUUAUUUUUAAAAAUAUUAUUUCAAUACAUUUUUGUACGCUAUUAUUUUAUAUAAUUUAAACCUUUAUUAUUAUUUUUCACAACUCAUAUCUUUAAUUACAAUAUUUUGUCAAAGUAUUAAAAAUUACUACAUCACAUCGUUGCCUCCACUUUUGUGCGAAAAAAAACUCGAAAAAGUUGUUUACGAAUGCUGAAAAUUGUUGCUACAACAACAAAAGCAAUAAUGUUUUUUUUAUUUUUCUAAAUAAUAAACUACUAUAGCAACCUUAGUUGUCUUAACAUCGAUUUAACAACAGCAGGACGCUAAGGACACAUGUGUUACUUUGUAACAAAUGUCAGAAUUUGAUAGCUUCAUUUUAAUUGUAAAUUUGUUGUAGUAACGUUGUUUACCGGUCUCCGGAAUUUUUAUACGAAAUUCACUUUGUGUUAUUUGUCUGAAAAAAAUUUGUGAAAAACAAUAUUUGUUUAUAGAGCCAUAUUUAAGCAAAACUUGAUACCAAACAGAAAAGUCAACUCUUUGCAGAACACCCAUUUAAUU